CUUUCCAUGGUUACACUCUCAUACGACUGCUUUCGUUCGAGUUUGGGGUUUUUAGGGUUUUCGUCUCUCUCUCGUCUCAGAAGAGCCUCUCGACGCCAUGACUGCGCAGACACAAGAGGAGCUUCUCGCCGCUCACCUCGAGCAGCAAAAGAUCGAUCCUGAUGAGCCCGUGGUUGAAGAUGAAGAUGAUGAAGAUGACGACGAUGAUGAAGAUGAUGACAAGGAUGAUGAUGAUGCUGAGGGACAAGAAGAUGGGGAUGCAAGUGGUAGGUCAAAGCAGAGUAGAAGUGAGAAGAAGAGUCGCAAGGCAAUGUUGAAGCUUGGAAUGAAACCCAUCCCCGGUGUUAGUCGUGUAACUGUCAAGAAGAGCAAGAAUAUAUUAUUUGUCAUAUCAAAACCAGAUGUUUUCAAGAGCCCAACAUCAGAUACCUAUGUAAUAUUUGGCGAGGCAAAGAUAGAGGACUUGAGCUCACAACUUCAAACUCAAGCUGCAGAGCAAUUCAAGGCACCUGAUCUCAGUCACGUUAUCUCCAAGCCAGAGUCUUCAGCCAUGGCUCAGGAGGAUGAAGAGGUGGAUGAGACAGGAGUGGAGCCCAAGGACAUUGAGUUGGUGAUGACACAAGCAGGAGUUUCUAGGUCGAAAGCUGUGAAGGCUCUCAAGGCUUGUGAGGGUGACAUUGUUUCUGCCAUCAUGGAGUUAACGAACUGAGAGUGGCUCUCCCUAAGACCUCUUCGGCUUGUGAUGAGUAAACAGCUUUCUCUGUUUAAGUGUUUUUUUGAGGUUGCAGUGAUUGUUGGAAAGUUUUAUUUUAUCUUCUUGAAUCUCUCUCUCAUUUCAUCUGCAUUAGUAACGAAACACACUAAAGCUCCUUUUCAUGUAGUUGGUUUGAUAAAUUAGAUUCAUGAGACUUUCAGUGGAAAAAAAAAAAAUUAGAUUCAUGAGACUGAAAUUUCAAUAUUUCUUUUGGCCCAAAUCAAUUAAAGAUUAGAUGUUCAGGUCUAUUGAGUGUGCUUUCUUAGGUUGCUUGUGAGCCGAUAGGUCAUUGUGCUGUUGACUAGUCUGUUUGGCCAUGGGUGAGUAGUCUCAGCUAUGUAUUGGCC